AGAAAAUGUAACGGCCACAUUAUUUUUGUAUCCACAUCAAUAGCUUUGAAGAUUUCAUCACUCCUCAAAUAUCUAACUUUACUUUCUUCCCCAUCCCUCCCUCUUUCUCUCCCCUCCAUCUCUCUGAGAACUUGAUCAAAUGGCGUCUCUAACACCAGGAAUCCUACUAAAACUUCUCCAAUCAAUGAAUUCAGACACAAAAGUAGCAGGAGAACACAGAUCAGUUCUAUUACAAGUCAUAGGAAUAGUUCCAGCUUUAGCAGGUCAAGAUCUCUGGCCAAACAAUGGUUUCUUCGUUCAACUUUCUGAUUCUACAAACUCAACUUAUGUUUCUCUAUCAGAGCGUGAUAAUGAAUUAAUUCUUACGAAUCGGUUACAACUAGGUCAAUUUGUUUAUGUUGAACGAUUACAGUUCGAUUCUCCUGUUCCUCGUGUUUCUGGUCUUCGUCCUAUUCAUGGUCGUCAUUCAUUUGUUGGAACUCCUGAACCGCUGAUUGCUAAAAUUUCACCUUCCAAACGUGGAUUUGUUAUUCAACCUGUUUCUGAUUCUGAUCCGUCUGUUCACCCUAUAUCUGCUUAUGUUUCUAAUAAGAAACGUGAAGAACCGUCGAAAUCUGAGAAAGAUACAUCAACACCUUCAAGGCCUGCUCUUGCUUCUCGUGAUAAUGUUCCAUCUUCAAAUUCAGGUAACUGCAUUGAGGGAUCUAAGCCGAUCGAGAAGCCGCGAAGAUUCUCAUCUCCAGCGUCAGCCAAGCAGAGAUCUAAUUCAGUUGGGAGGAAAAAUGGAGGAUCCAUUGUGGAAAGACAACCUUCGCCAGCUAGUAAGGCUGGAUCAAGGUCGGCGUCUCCAGUGCCGUCUAAGUGUGUAGUACCGAGCUUGAUGCAAGCUCGGGAUGACAACCAGAAGACUUCAAGAGAGCCUGCAAUUGUGGUACCUUCUAGAUAUCGCCAACCUUCUCCUAGUCGAAAACAACCAUCACCAAAUUCAAGAAGGAUUUCAGCUUCUCCUGGAAGAAGACUUUCAAUUUUUGGAGGACUGAAGGUUUCUCCUGCUAUUGGUGAUUCUGCUAGUAAGAAGAAAAUGGCAAGUAUAGUUGCUGGUAUAUCAAAGGUGUCAGAGGCAUUGGGAUCUGGCAAGUCAAUGAGGAAGAGUUGGGAUGAACAGCCAGAAUUCGCAGACUUGGUGGAGCAUAAAGAAAAGGUUGCUGUUAAGAGUAAACCUGAUAUGCGAGCUAUAUUGCGAACUCAGGUUGCAAUGUCUAGACGUUUAAGUGAUGCCAAUGCUGGGCAGACUAAUCAGGAGGAUCCUCCAUCAAACGAAAAACCCAAGGCUAGUCGCAAAGCUGAGAGUUUAUCAGUUAUUGAUAAACCAGGUCAAACAACUCCAAAAAUCACUAUCCAUGAACGAAAGUGGACUGAUGGUAGCAUUCCUUUCGAUGCUGUCCCUGCAAACCUUGCAAAGCUUGGGAAGGAAGCACUGGAAAGGAGAACUCUAGCGUCUACAGCUGCUAUUGAAGCUCUGGAAGAAGCAUCUAUCACUGAGUCCAUCAUCAGGAGUUUGAGCAUGUUUUCGGACCUCUGUUCUUCAUCCAAGGUUGCAAAUCCAAUUCCGACCAUUGACCGUUUCCUGUCAAUCUAUGAAUCCGUCGUCAAGUCAACCAUGCUUGUGGAUUCUCUUGCUGCUAGCCGAAGCAAUGACAAAAGUGAUGACCUUUUGUCAACUGAACGUGCAAAACCCAUUUCUCUUUGGAUUGAAGCUGCCUUAGCUACUGAUCUUGAAGUUGUCAAUCUCUUAAGCAAUCAAACAGGGACACCACCAAAAAUUCCAUGCUUAUCUGCAAAUGAUACAAGACCUCUUCCAUCACCUCCAAAGACAAGUUUAUCUAAAAGGACUUCAAGGAUUCCAUUACCCGAUCAAGUUAAUGCGUCAUCAUGGUCAAGAGGAUGUGGAGUUAAAGAGACAGCAGAACUUGCACUGAAUCUGAGAAAGGAGAUGCAAAUGUGGUUUCUGAAAUUUGUCGAGGAGGCUCUGGAUGCUGGUUUCAAGAUCUUUGAGCAAAACUCGAGUGGAGGGCUAGCAGUACGUAAAGAUAACAGUGGUCCAGUUGCUGCAGUUCUAUCACAGUUGAAGAGAGUGAACGACUGGUUAGAUAGUGUUGGAGCAAAACGUGAGGAGUUGGUUACAGAGAAGAUUGAACGACUCAAACGGAAGAUCUAUGGGUUUGUCAUUCAUCAUGUUGGAACAGCCCUUGAUAACUCAUCAGCUUUAUUAUCAUCUGCUUAACUCUUUUUUUACAUUCGCAUGUCAGUCUUCAAUGUAUUCGAAACAAGAGUUUUUGUUUCAUGUGAAUGUUUCUGAUCAUUUAUUCCACACUUGAAAACGCAAAUGAUUGUUCAUUCCAAAUUGUCAUCUCACCAGUACUACCAGAACGUGAGAUUGCCCAUAUAAAUCCUUGGAAGCUUUUACAUUCGUUUUAUUCACUGUUGA